AUACAAAAAAAGCCAAUCUGCGUUGUCAGGGAAACCCGCUUUAUUUCAACGUGUGACUGCUAGCCUGCUAACUGCUAACAUGUCUAUUGUCUGUGUAACUGGCUGGCUAAAAAGCUAGGCAGCUGACGCGCUAAUAAUGCAUGAAAACUACCAACCAACGAAACUGAUCAUAUUAACUAUUAAUACAACAUAUAAUCACAAUGUUGGAACUUGUCUAUGCUGCAAGAUGUUUUAGCUUGGCUUUAAUCUAUUUAUUCGCACAAUGACCAGAAAACCGGAAAGCGUGAAUUAAACUUUAUUAAAAGGUCUCGGGGGAAAUGUGAGAGCUAUUGGUUAGAUAACCACACUAAAGCUGUAAUUACUAUCUAGUUACGUAUUUAUUCCUUAUCAGUCUGUAAUUCAUUAGCUAGUGUUUAUUGAAAGUGAUACCGGGGAGGUCAGUUGGAGAUCUCCCCACGGUAGCUGGCUGGGUUAAGUAAUGAAAGAAUUAAAUAACUCAUCAUGAUUUAAAAAGUGAACGUUUAGGAACUACAGCUUUUUAAAAGAGGGAUUCUUACACAGGCAUAACAUAACAUUCCUACCCAGUUUCGGGUAGAGCAUCUGGAAAUCAGUAUGGGGUCACGGGAAUUCAAAUAAAGGACGAGCUACGCCGUCGGCGCUCCACGCCGCUUAUUUCCGGCCAUCACCGCCGUGUCCCCGCCCACACCGUCGCGAGGUCGCCGUGUCCCCGCCACCGCUCGUGCAGCAGGGACCGGAACGCGUGCGAAAAUGGCCGGCGACGAGGUCCCGCGACCGCUCAUCCUCCUGCUCAUGUACCUGCUUAUGAAGCGCAGGAAGGACAUGAACGACGCCGAGGCGAAAAGGCGGAACGAGGUCCGGCGCCGAAUCGCACACAGGCAGCAUUUCCUGCAGAGGCAGCGGAGGAUGCUCAUGAUGCUGAUAGCGUACAGCACAAGUUGUCCCUGUAAUCACCGCACACGCGUGUGGACCACCAUCAAGUGCUCGGAUUGGUGGGAACGGGUGGUGAUGAACGAGUUCCAGCCCCACGAUUGGCUGGAGAAGUUCCGCAUGAGCAAGGACACCUUCCUCUUCCUGUGCGGCAAGCUGAAGGCACGGCUGGCCAAGCGGGACACGCAUCUCCGGCCGGCGUUGCCCGUGGAGAAGCGCGUCGCCGUGGCUCUGUGGCGCCUGGCCACCAACGUGGAGUAUGGCACCAUCGGCGCCCUGUUCGGCAUGGGCCGCUCUACCGUGUGCAAGUGUGUCCGGGAGGUGUGCCACGGCAUCGCCGCUUUGCUGGGGCCGGCCUUCCUGCGACCUCCCGGCUUGCAGGAGCUGGACGAGGCCGCCGGGCUCUUCGAGCGGCGCUGGGGCUUCCCGCACUGCGUUGGCGUCGUGGGCAGCCUCCACGUGCCCAUCGUCACCCCCUCCGGCAAUACCGCCUGCUACAGGAACAGCGCAGGCUGGCUGUCGGUGGUGCUGCAGGGCACCGUCAACGGGCUGGGCCAGUUCUGGGACGUGUGCUCCUGCUUCCCAGGCAGCACCGAGGACUCGGUCAUCCUGCAGAACUCCACACUGUGGGCAGCGGCCACCGGGGGCGCUCUCUCCCCGCAGCCGCCCCGACCUCUCAUGGGCAGGCCGCUCCAGUACCUGCUGCUGGGCACCGAGGCGUACCCGCUGCAGACGUGGCUGCUGAAGAGAUACCCACCCUCGCAACGGCUAACGCCAGGGCAGCAGGCCUUUAAUGAACGGCUGAACCGCACGCGGGGCAUUUUGGACGCCACCUUCUUGCGCCUCAAAGCCCGCUGGCAGUGCCUGCACAAGCACAAUGACUGUGGCCUGGAUCUGGUGCCAAGCAUGAUCUUGGCCUGCUGCAUCCUGCACAACGUGUGUGAGGUGCACCGGGACAGCGUCCUGGAUGAGUGGCUGGAAGAGGUGAGCCGGCACAGGUGUCCGCAGCCAUGCGCCUCGCUGCCCGUCACCGCGGAGGACCCAGCAGCAGAGGAAGUCCGCUCACUUUUCUGCGAACACCUUCUGCAGCAGCAGAAUGAAUAAGACAAUCUGCUCAGGCCUACAUUUUAAUAGAGUUUGUUUUUAUUUCUUACCUCUGGGAGUCUACUCUUUUUCUGCACUUCAUUUUUUCACCUUCAAGGUGAUACAUCUACUUCACCAGCAGAGGGAGUAUUUUUUCCCAUCAUCUAAAGCACAGAAUAUACCACUACCUGAACAGCAUUCACAUGAUAGUGAUUUUCUGUAUUCUUUUUACGACAAAUGAGUUUGUGUGUCCAUAUGAAUUACAAAAAAGUGACAGUCACAUUUUUACUUCGAAAUACAGGAACAGCACCAUUUUCCCCUCUACUAAGGAAUACAUUUGUAUUUCUGAUUUUUUCUGCUUCCUAGGUGUUAAGCUGUUUUAUAUAAGAGGUUAAAUAGCAGUUUUAGGUGGAGAAUAGCCAGCUGGCUCCAUUAUUUAUUCUGUUGUAGUGAGAUAGAAGUAGAGGUGGAGAUAUCAGGUCCAGAGAGUAGAAAUCCAGACCAGCCAGUUGAGCAUAAAGAGUCACAGACAC